AUGUCUGGACCAAGGAAUAGCCAAGAUCCAUUAUUCCCCGAGAUACCCAAGACCUAUGGUAUCACCGGUCCCAUCAGCGAGGAUCUGCCGGAAGAGGGGGACUUGAUCCAGACCAGAAAGCUGAGUGAAAGUCUUCAAGCCUAUGAUGUAUUUGAGGACAACUUGCAGCUGCGACACAGAGAGAACGUUGUCAAGCGGCUGGAGUCAGUCUACAAAGACUGGCUUAGAGAAAUGUGUAAAGAAAUGAACUUACCUGAGGUUGUCACUGACAAUGUUGGAGGUAAGAUCUUUCCUUUUGGCUCGUUUCACCUGGGAGCUCAGACCAAAGGUGCUGAUAUUGAUGCCCUUUGUGUCGGACCUGGAUUUCUGGAGAGAAAAGACUUCUUCACUUCCUUCUAUGAGAAGCUGAAAGCCCAGAAGGAGGUCACAGAGAUACAGGCCGUCGAAGAGGCGUUUGUCCCUGUCAUCAAGCUGUGCUAUGACGGGACUGAGGUGGACUUAGUUUUUGCCCGGCUGCUGCAGAGGUCCAUUCCAGAAAAUCUCAAGGUUUGCAACGACGAGCUCUUGAAGAACCUGGAUAAACUCUGCGUCAGGAGUCUCAAUGGCUACAGAGUGACAGAGGAGAUUCUCAGCCUUGUGCCUAAUGUGUAUAACUUCAGGCUGGCUUUGAGAACCAUCAAGCUGUGGGCCAAACGUCGUAACAUUUACGCGAACAAGCUGGGCUUCCUGGGCGGUGUAUCGUGGGCCAUACUGGUCGCCAGGGUUUGUCAGUUAUUUCCGAAUGCCACCGCUUCCACCCUGGUGACCAAAUUUUUUAAGAUCUACUCAAUGUGGGUGUGGUCCGUCCCAGUUUGCUUGAGAGAGGUCAAGGACUGCCGCUACAACCUUCCUUUCUGGGACCCCAGGGUGAAUCCAAGCGACCGCUGCCACAUAAUGCCCAUCAUUACCCCGGCAUACCCACAGCAGAACACGUCCUACAACGUGUCUCCCUCCACCUUCACAAUCAUAAUGGAGGAGAUCAAACGGGGCCACGCCAUCGCUCCGGAGAUCCAGCAGGGAAAAGCCACCUGGUCCAAGCUCUUUGAGACUCCAGAGUUUUUUGAGAAAUACCAGCAUUACGUACUGCUCCAAGCAAAGUCCACCACAGACAAGCAGCAUAUUGGAUGGACGAGCCUGGUGGAGUCAAAAAUCAGACUCCUGGUGGGAACUCUGGAGAGGAAUGUGAACAUUUCCCUGGCUCACAUUAAUCCACAGCUGUUCCCUGGACCCAGGAAGAACAACAUAGAGGGAGUGAGCACAUCUUGGCUUAUUGGACUCGUCUUAAAUACAGACGGGUCCAGAAACCAGAAAAUAGACCUGACCUCUGACCUCCUCUCUUUCACUGAUGCCAUCUACACCCAGGCAAAGACCAGUGAACUGUAUGAAGAGGGAAUGACCGUAUCAGCCAUAUACAUGCAGAGGGAGAACCUUUGCUGGCAGAUGCCUGAUGGCUCACGGAAAAAGGUUUUCAGCCCGAAACCACAGCCUGCAGUGAGCCACCAGAUCUCUGCGCCAGCUAAGAAGAUGAAGGCCAACAAGGAAUCGGCCUCUGGGUCCACAGCCACUCCCUCCUCCAUGACUCCACAGGCCACAAAAAGACCUCGUUCUCCAUGUUCAGAAGCGUCAACAUCCAAGAGGAUCAAACUUGACCCUGAACCACAACAGGAGACAAAACAAACCUGCCAUGACGAGUCAGGCGUCUCGCUCAGUAAGAGUCCGUCUCCAAGCAAAAAGAGACCUGGCACUCCUGAGCUUGAGACGCCGACAAAAAAACCCAGAUAUGACCUGAAUCAGCCCACUGUCGAGCUGAGUGACCAGCUUCCCGGCCCCGCCAAACCUGUCAGUGUGAAGAAAGGCUCCAUCAAGCUUCACCUCAUCAGAUACGACUAUGUUGCAGCUGGUCCCUUUCUCGCUGUGUUAAUGAGGGAGGUGGUGUUAGAUGCUGUUCCAUGA